GGAGGGGUCGCUUUGGCGCCGGAUUGGGGCCGCCUCCCCUCCACCCCCGCCGGGAGCGCGCACGGCGCGGUCGCCGCGGCAACGGGACGCGGUGCGGGGGGCGGUGGCCAUGUCGGAGAUCCUGUGCGAGUGGCUGAACGGGGACGUGAAGCUCUCCCGCAUCGUGGUUCCAGAGUCACUUUCAGAAGAAUUUUCUACUGGCUACCUCCUGGGAGAACUUCUGCACAAAUACGGCCUUCAGGAUGACUUUAAUCAGUUUUCACAGAGCAGGGUUGCAAAUGCAAAACUUAACAAUUUUUCUCGCUUGGAGCCCACACUUCAACUCCUUGGUGUACGGUUUAAUGAGAAUGUAGCCCGAGACAUAAUGACAGGACAGCAUGGGGCUGCUACAGAGCUUUUGUAUGAAUUAUAUAUUGCUUUAGAAAAAAAGAGAAAGGCAAAGCUCACUGGGAUAGCCUUGGAAGCAAUGAGACCUGCAGCAACUGCAAAGCUUAAGUCUAUUCAAAGUGCUUUGUAUCAAGAGCGUUUGAAAACUUUACUGCCACGUGAGGCUGAUUUGCAGCUGCAGCAAAUUUCAGAGCAUUUUGAAAUAAAAGCUAAGGCAAUAGAAAAAAAAAUGGCUCGUAUACAUAUUGCAGAACAACAGAAAAUUCAGAAGCUCCAAGAAGAACAAAUUGCUCAGGACGUUGAAAAGCAUCGCAUAGGAAGAAGGAGACAAAAUGAAAUAAUGGCCAAGAUUCAAGCAGCUGUCAUACAGGUUCCAAAGGCACCACCAAACCGCACCGUAAAAGCUAUUGAAACCAAAGCAUUCUUGAAGAAGAAAAAAGAAGCAGAGGAGACAUACAAGGAGAUUAAAAAGUUUGAGGAGUCUAUGUCGGGAAAUGCCCCUGCAGUACACAGCAAAAUAACUGGAAGUGAUAUACAAGAAUCAUUGCAAACACAGAAGUUCCAAGCAGCAGACUCAGAGACUACAGCACGGACAGCGACUGAGCUGUUAAGUGUUUAUUCAGAUGAUGAAUAUAUAAGAAAAAUUCAAAAACGUUUGGAGGAAGAUACUUUUGCUAGAGAACAACGAGAAAAGAGACGACGAAAAAUGCUAAUGGAACAGUUAAUAGCACAUGAAGCACAAGAGGAAGCUUACCGGGAGGAGCAACUUAUCUACAGACUAAUGAGACAAUCUCAGCAGGAGCGGAGGAUUGCUGUUCAGCUCAUGCAUGUUCGACAUGAAAAAGAUGUGUUAAGGCAAAAUAGAAUUUUCAGGGAAAAACAAUAUGAAGAAAGACGACUGAAAGAUUUCCAGGAGGCUCUUGAUAGAGAAGCGGCUCUGGCAAAACAAGAAAAAAUUGAUUAUGAAGAACAAAUUAUCAAAGAAAGAGAAUGCCAUGAGAAAAUUGCUGUUGAAAGAGCUCAGGCUCGUUAUAAAAAGCAUUAUUCUAUAUGUCGGGAAAUAAUCGACCAUAUCAUUGAUUUGUCAACAAAAGUAGGAGAAUAUCGUAUACUGACAAACAACAAAAUUCCAUUAAAACUGAUGUGUGAUUGGAAGGAAUUUUUUGUUAAUGGAAAACCAAUAUAUGAACAAGGCUCAAUUCAACCUUUGCCAAAUGAACCAAGCCCAGAACAACUUGUAGAACUGAAUAAAAUUAGUCUAUUAGAUGAAAAAGAUUACCAUGAGUACAAGAGUAUGACAGGGGAAUGGUGCCCAGCUGAAGACAACAUUGAAAACGAACCUCCUCUUAACAAUAACAUAUUGGGUCAUGUGCUUCGUAGACUGAUGGACCUUUUCUAUCCUCCAAAACCCAAACCUUCACCACCUGUAUUUCCUGCAUUUCGUAUCAAGGGAUGUAUUUUGGGGAAAGUUUUUAGUGGAAAAACUACCUGUGUAAAGUUUCUUGAAAAAGUUUGCAGCAUUCAGGUACUCUGUGUUGAUACUCUGGUUCAGGAGGCCAUCCAAGCUUCUCUUAAAAAUGAAAUGAAAGAUGAACACGUGAUUCCUCAGAAAAUAGAGAAUUAUGGGAAACAAAAUGAGGUCCAGAGAAACCUGUCAGAAUCAGCAGUAGAAGUUCUACAGAAACUACAAACAGAUGUAUCUAUCAAUGGGAUUGAAGGCAAUUGUCCUGUCAGAAAGGAUCCAUCUAAGCAAGAAUUUAAAUCAGAUAACAGCCAGAAUGGCCUAUCCAAGCUAUCUGUACGUGCCCAGCUUGGCGCCGCAUCACAGAAAUUGUUGAAGAAAGGAAAAACUAUUCCCGAUGAAUUACUAGUUGACAUCUUAUUGGAAGCCAUUAACCAAACACCACCAGAGAAGGGUUGGAUUGUGGAUGGGUUUCCAAUGACAAUUAAUCAGGCAAAGCUAUUUGAAAAAGCCUAUACAGGGAUUGAUCCAGAAGCAAAAGAUGGAAAUUCUGGAAAGCUCACACUUGUUACAGAUCCCAGAGUCCCUAACGAGCCUCCUGUUAACUUACCAGCAUUUGAUGUUUCUGUGUUAUUGGAUGUUUCAGACACUGUGGUGCUGAAACGAUUGGCUGACUUGAAAUCAGAUAAAUCAGAGUCGCAUCAAAUUCAACAGGAGGGCAACAAGCAAAAUUCAGAUGCUGAAAUCACAGAAGAGGAGAUUGAUUUAGCCAGGGACCAGGUGCUGCCUAGAAUUUCAAGCUUUCUAGAGACAUGGCCAAAAUUAGAAAAAUGGUUUUCAGUCCAUCAAAAUAUUCUAGUGAAAGUCAAUGCAGAGGCAGAAGAAAGUCUAGUGUGUGAAGCAGUGAAGAAAAUUAUAAUGGAAGAAAUGGCCAAAAACCAGGAUAGAGGAUCUGCUCAAGAAAAAUCACCAGAAGAAAAGCUUUCACCAGUUACAUCUCAAGAUCUACUUCCUCCAGUUAAAUCUCAAGAUCUACUUCCUCAAGUUACAUCUCAAGAUCUACUGUCUCCUGUUCCCGUGGCACCACCACAAAUUAAGCCAGGAUCAGAUGAAUGGAUUUAUGUAAAUGAACCACUUCCCAAGGAGGUAGCAGGUUUUCUAGUACCUUACUGGGAAAUGGUAGAAAAUACAUAUGUGAAUACCAUCAAAACUAUACUCAGAUGCCUCAGAGAUGAGCAGCACUCUGUUAUUUCCUACUUAGCAGACAUUAGAAAAAAAUUCCAAGUUUAUUUAAAGUGUCCAGAUCUUAAGCAGGAGUUUGUAUCCCAGUGGCAAACAGAUUUUAAUUCAAUUGCUGAUGACCUGCGAGAAGAUGAGGAAACAAAAGAAGAACUACACCAAAGAGUUACUGACCUAAGAGAUCGUCUCUGGGAUAUCUGCGAUAGUAAAAGAGAAGAAGCAGAGCAGGAACGUACAGAUAUAAUGAAUGAUGGCUGGUUACCAGAUUGUUGGGGAAUAGCAAUGAACCAUUUCUUUUCACUUAUGCAGGCUGAAGUGGAUCGUUUCCAAGACACAAAAAGGCUUCUUCAUGACUAUUAUACGGCAAUGGAAGGAAAAAUCCCAACAAAUGACAGUCAAGAUUUUACUAGAAUCCAAUUGUUAGAUAUUAUUGAUGUAGAGCAGAAAGAAGAUCAAAACAAAUUAAGAAGUAUUCCUCUAGUUUCUCGGAAACUGUUUUCACCAGAAAUAAAUAUUACAAAGUCAAAAAGCAAGGGGACUCUACAGAAGAGUUCUAGGGAUGAGAAUUCUUCUGAAAUUGAAGUAACCGCAUUUGGGAAAGGUGAAAACCUUAUUACUGAUACAUGGCAAGUAGCAGUAACAGCAGUAUCAGAUAUGGUAACUGCUGAAAUACAGUCUAGAGAAAUGGAGGAAGAACAGCAGCAACUAGGACUGAAAGGUGAUCUGAAAUCUUCACGGUCAACAUCAGGCAAAGCUGCUGGGAGGGGUGCCAAAGAUAUGAAAAAGCUUUCUUCCAAAUCAGCUACUAAAAAAAAAGGACCAUGUCCUACUGCAUCUGUGGCUGAAGUUCCUGUCAACCCAGAAGAAUUAAAGAAACAAGAACUGGUGCUUAAAAUAAAGCAAGAAUAUUUCAGUGCCUUGAAACAUGAGGAGGCAGCUACAAAAUCUCGACUAGAACUUAUAAAAGAAAAAGCUUUGUCAUUUGUUGAAGACUUAACAAUGAAAGCAGAAGAGACUUAUAGAGAUAUGGAAAAGUGGCUUGGAAUGAGGUUCCUGGCAGAAAUGUCCAGUGUUGAAAAGCUGAUUGAAGUUGCACGGCACCAUAUUGAGAGUUGUAGCAAAAUCCAAUAUGAAAUGACUUUAGAAGAAACAGAUUUCUUCAUCAACAGUGAUGUAAAAGUGAUUCCUGACCCUGUUCCUGCACCACAAGUUCCACAUGUAGAGACAUCUGGAAGUGGUACUUUAACCAUUUCACAACUAACUACAUUUCAUAAGCAGUUUCUACAAGUGGCACCUAAAGGUCAUAUACAAAAGAAUCUAUUUAUUGAUAUUUUUAUUAACUUCAUUAAAUUGAAUCCUGGAAAAAAUUGCCUUCCUGAUGCAUGGAUGAAUUUAAUGCUUCCAGAUUUGCAAAACCUGGCAUCUGUAUUCAAAGUGAACUCAGAAUUUAUUGACUGGCGCAGAUUCUUACUAGUAUCAGCACAGCCUUGGCCAGUGCCAUCUGUGACGCAGCUCCUUGAAACUCUACAUAGAUUCAAGUCUGUUGAUGUAGCUGGAUCAGGCUUUGUUACACAGGAAUACUAUAUGCAGGUUGGGUUAUGGUUUAGUGGAAAUGAAAAUCUAAGCAUAACAAAAAGUUGCACAGAACCUUUGCCCUUGGAUAGGCUGGGACAUCUCAUAAAGUUUUUUUUCAGUCUAUUUGCCGACACCAGCAAAGAUCCUGCUCUGUUGAACUAUACUGAGAUGCUACUUUACUUUGCCUCCCAUUCUGAUCCUGUUGAAGGUGUUUACAGAGCACUUAGUGUUGCUACUGGAACAUACAUUCAUAGAAAAACAGAAGCUUCUCUUCCAGCUGCGACUUUUCUUUAUACCAAUAUAAUGCCAAAUGAGAAAACUUUAAUAGAAGAUGAGAAAGAAGUCUUGAAGAACACAAGUGAAGGAAUAAUUUCAGUUGCCACUCUACUCAAAGUAUUUCGUACUAGAGGAAGUAAAGAAGAAGAUAGUAAUAGAUUUAGUACUCUAGGAAAGGAAGGCAGCUAUGAUAAGCAUUUCAUGAAAAUAUGCAAAGACUUAGGCACUGAAGAUCUGAAAGCCGUUCCAGUUGCACUCCUUUUGAAGCAUCCUUUCAUUCAAGACUUGAUUAAUAGCUGUCAAGAAUACAAGCUUCCUAUUUUGACUUCUCUCCUGAGACAAUCGUAGGUACAGUAACACAGAAACACCACCACAUUUUAGUAACUCUGCAUUAGAUGUGUCUAAGUAAAGAUUCUGAGAAAUAUUCUAUUUCUGUAAUUCUGAAUGCUUGCAAUAAUCUGUUAUUUUGACUGGGUGACAUUUGUGUGAUUACUGAGUAUAACAAGUAUUUUAAUAAUUAGCAUUCAAUUUGUUGAUAUCAAAACUAUUAUGCAUUCGAUAAUUUUAUGUAACAUUUUUUUAUCCUGCUUUCAAAUCCUGAAUAGUCCUUUUUUAAAAACACUACUUACAUUUCUCUAUGUGUUUUGAAUACCUUUAACAUAGACCCAUGCAUCAAGCUUGUUCCUUGUAAUGAAUUGUCAUAUUAUUACUGCUGCUAUUGUUGUUGGAUUUGUCAAUCAUUUCAGUAGCACUACUUCUAUUCAUUCAAACUGGAGUUCCAAUGUGGCAGUAUUUCUAAUAUGUAUAUUAACAUGUCUUUAUAAAAAAAAGAUUGUUUGGUUUAUUGAACAAUUAUUACAGAACUUGUUUAUGCUCACAGCAGCCCUUUAAUAUCGCAAAACUCAAGAAAGAUUCAGAACUCCAUGUAUCAUUUUCUAUCUAGAAAAAGUUCAUACAGAUUCUAUUCGAUAAGGCUUAUAAAGUGGACUGUAUAGUUUAUAGUCAACUCUUGAUGCUUUGGUGGAAAAAAGCACUGCUGAAUCACUGUCUACUCAAAGGCAGUGGUUGUAAUACUUAUGAAACCUGAGAAGCCUUUUUCAUGUGGUGUUUUAAAUGUCCCGUUGUGCAAGAGAAGGAAAAUUUAACUCAGUGUUUAGAUACAUAGGUUAAAAAAGAGACCUAUGUGAUGCUUCUCUUUAUCAUGUAUUCCAUCUCAAAGUUUUAGGAUGCAAAUAUAUGUGAAAAACACUAUUUCUGACAUUAAAAAAAUUAUAAAAAUAUGUAUUCAUGUAUUAGAAAUAUUGAGUUUGGUUCAUUGACACAGACAUAGUAUAUCUGUUUGAGUGCUAUUUCUCCAGUGUUUUGGGGCUUUUUGUUUUUUUGUUUCCUUUGCAAAACUGUGUUACAUAAAUAAAAUCUGCACAGAGGAAGCUUUUUUUCACUUAACACAUUCUUAAAUGCUAUCCUGUCACUCUCUUUCCUGCAUCAGAUUACAAUUUCCAAUUUUACCAUUCUUGCUUUUAGCCUGAUAGUUAAAAUAUAUUCCUGUGGUAUUGCUAAAGCAUAAAAUUGCCACUUCCCACACACAUGAUCACAAUUACAGUGUUGGACACUUGUCUAUGUAUCAUUUGCUCAGCAAUCAUCAGCAGUAACUUUCUCAAGCUUAAUUUUUACAGGAACAUAGACUUAUACUUUAUAUUUAGAGAUUUCAUAAUAAAAUUCACAUUCUGUCAUGCCAGAAGCACUACAGUUUACUGAGAUCCUCAUCUGCUUUGUGUGGUAAUGAUCAGUACUGAUAAUGAACUCGCUGAAGGUUCUAUUUGCUAAAAUUUACUUUUGUAGAGCUGGAAUUGAAACUUCUUUUUCUGACUCAAUGUGCAGAAAAGGCCUUCUUAAACUGAAGUAUUUCUUGGAGUCAAAGAUAAAUGUUAGCCCUACUUUCUAAAACAAAGGGCUAGUAAAAUCAUCGGAUCUUUUAACAUGGUUCUUCUGUAUUCACUGAAGUGGUCCCGAUAUUUUGCAGGGCAUGUGAAGCAUCAUUACAUAUGGGCAGUUUCAGUUGUUUUAAAAAAAUGUAUUUACUGACAAUACUAGAAAGUUAACUUACUAUUUACCUUUAUAUUAAACAUUCAGCACAUUAGGUUUUUAAAUCACAAAUUCAUUGUUCGUCCUACUUACACAAUGGAGAGUAUUGCUGAAGUUGGAAAUAAAGAGUAUCGUUCUAAUACAAAAUUAUUGAAAAAUAAUGAAUCACAAAAUGUGUUAUAAAGAAUGCAGAACUGCACAAAGAAUUAACUCUAUGAUGUCUAAAUGGGGGUACAUAAAAUUCCACCUGUUACAAUUAUUUUCUUUUAUUUCCGUUUGUUUUAAGUGUUUAAGUUUAGCAUGAAGUGUGACAAAUAAAGAAAUAAGCUUUACUGAAGAAUUUGUUCUGGGUAAUAUUUGCUGGUUUAAACAGCAGUCUUAAUACAUCUCUUUACUGGUAAGUUUAAGCAGAUGCUUAAUAGCUCUGCGUACUUUAAGAAUUGCAUUACUGUAGUUUUGUAAAGCCACUGAAAGCAAUGAGGUUGUGUGGGUAACAUGAACUCAGUGAUAUUAGUGAUGCAUCAGUAACUUCUACAAUUUGCCAUGAAAAAUUUACUUUCUUCAGCUGUCACUGUAUGUGUAUGUUUUUGUUAGUGUGCUGAACAUGCAUAGUACUUAAGCUGAAUGACAGCAUUGUUUUCAGUGACUUUCUUGAAGACAUCUUAAGUAAUCUAGGAAAACUAUAAUUUAUAGCAAUAUACCUCUACUGAAGUUAGAUUUUCAUGAAACUCUUCUAGUCACUGGUUAGAAAGCUAACUUCAUGGAAAGACAGUCUUUAUUAUUACAGUUUUUAAGAUAGAUCUGGCUACUACAUGAAAUGACCUUUAACUUUUCAUUGUAUUUUUCAUAGGAUAUUAAAAUCUUUCUCCAAAUUGCUGAACAAGCAGAGUCAGUUGCUGGAAAAAACACCACAUAUGGAGACAACAAAGUAUGAAAAAUUGUAGUUACUGAACAUUAAGAAUUUUCUUUAAGGUUUAUUAAAGGUAAAGAAAUGUGUAUUAGACCUCCAGUCCUCCCUUCUGUUAGAAAGGAUCGUUUGUUUAUUGUUGCAAGACCAAAAUCGCAUAGCAGUUACACAUUCUCUGUUACUUUAAAUUAAAAAAAAAAAAAAGAUGAAAAAAGCUGAACCAGGGAAAGAUAUGGUUAGAUCAUAUGAAAUAAUCCGAUGAUACUUCUGAAUAAAACUGAUUCCUGAACUUAAAUAGAGCCAAUAGUGUGUUUAUUAAUAAUUAUUAUAAGAAUAGGGUGCAUCCAAUUCUUGUAAAUUAGCUAAGAUAUAGCUGGUCACCUUUUGUUAAUGUGUAUGGUUUAUUAAUUGACUAAUUUUUAAUAAAUUAAAUGUUCAAAGUAAUUCAUUUUUAAAACCACAUUGCAAUUCAUAGCUAAUAAAAUCAGUAAAUGAAAACACUGUUUUCUCAGAAUAAACUACCAAGGAGACAUCAUCUACACGAAAAUUGAGUGCUUUUCAGCACUUUGUUAUCCAACCUUUCUGUUUCCAACCUUCCAGCUCAGCUCUGCUUCCACCCUCUAAAAAUCUGCAGGCUGUUUCCGCAGUGCAGCAACACACACAGCCCAAAGGUGUGGGUGGCACAAGGUGCUGAUUCCCAGCAACAUCCCCUCCCAUUGUGGUGCACUGAGCAGGCUCCAAAUGAAGCAGUAAGGUAGGCGCUACACCAUUUGUGGUUCCACUGCUACGUCUGCGCAUAAUAUCAGCACUUACUAGAAUUACAGUUGGGUUUCACACAACCGUUUUCAGUAAUCAGCUAAAAGUCGAUUUUUUUGUAGGCAGACCGUAUAAAAGGACAUCAUGUACUACAGAAAUAUGUUGUAGGUUUUUACAUGUGAUAGAUGUUUGUCUGAAAGUCCCCAUGGCUCAGAUGACACCUAGUGGGUGUGGCCUUCUGUGGCAGAUUAAGCAGAGUCUUGGUGGGACACUCUUAAUUUACUCUGGAAGUUGUUGUUUCUUUUUCUGUGUCCAUUCUGACUCUUACUGGCUUUCCUGGAAGUCACUCCAGAAUCGUUUUAAUAGAAAUUUUCUUGCUCAUAGGAAGUUUUGUUUCAGUCUUAUUCAUUUUUUCCCUUUUCUAGUGCCUAGUGAUGGCUAACUGUAAGAUAAUCAUAGA